UUUCUCAUCGUCAUCAACGGUGCCAUCUAAUCUAACCCAACAACACAACCUCUCUGGCUCUCACUUUAGAAUUUCUAUUCUUUUCUUCCAAGCAUUCAAGAUUUGUUCCACCCAAGAGCGCAGCCUCUCACUUUAGAAUUUCUAUUCUUUUCUUCCAAAUCUUAAAUGCUUGGAGCAUUCAACAUUUGCUCCACGCAUAACACCCUUUCGGCUCUUAACUUUUCGGUUCGGCCUUGGAUUCAUUCUCUUCCCUCUCUCUCAAAAAACACUGAAACCCAUAAUCGUUAAAAUUAGGGCUUCGGUUUGGUAUCUUCUCUCCUUUUCAUGGGCAACAUCUCAAGCAGCGGCGGCGUCGGCGGCGGCAAUCCCCGUCGCCGACACAGCGGGGCUUCACGGCGGAGUCACCCUCCGCCACCUCCUCCGGUGACGCCGCAGCCUGAGAUCGCCGCGAAUCCAUUCGUGUACCAUGGUGCUGCUUCACCGUACCCGAACCCUCCCCUGCAUUACCCUCAGUACCAUUACCCCGGUUACUAUCCUUCGGUGCCACCUCCCAUGCCUCAUCAUCCUCAUCAUCACCAUCAUCAACAUCAUCAUCCACACAUGGACCCGGCGUGGAUUCAGGGGCGUUACCCUUGUGGGCCCAUGAUGCCUAACCCUGCACCUUUCGUUGAGCAUCAGAAAGCCGUUACCAUAAAGAACGAUGUCAAUAUCAGGAAAGAGACCCUUAGGCUCGAACCCGAUGAACAAAAUUCUGGCCACCUCCUCGUUUCGUUUUCCUUCGAUGCCACCGUUUCUGGGAGCAUUGCCAUAUAUUUCUUUGCAAAAGAAGGUGAAGGCUGCAUCCUCACACCAAUGAAGGAAAACCAUCUUGCACCGGUGACUGUGCAUUUCGAGCAAGGUCUUGGCCAGAAGUUUAGACAAGCAGCUGGAACUGGUAUUGAUUUUUCAGUGUUUGAGGAGUCUGAGUUAUUGAAAGUGGGUGACAUGAAUGUCUACCCUCUAGCAGUAAAGGCAGAUGCAUCAGUGAAGGCAGAUGCUCCCCCUGGUAAUUAUGACGAGUCAGAUAGAUCUCCAACCUCUGGUAACACAAACUCUCAGAUUACGCAAGUGGUGUUUGAGAAGGAGAAAGGAGAGUUCCGGGUGAAAGUUGCUAAGCAGAUCUUGUGGGUGAAUGGAAUGAGGUAUGAGCUGCAGGAGAUAUAUGGUAUUGGAAAUUCAACGGAGAGUGACUUGGAUGAGAAUGACCAAGGCAAAGAUUGUGUCAUUUGCUGGUCAGAGCCUCGAGAUACAAUUGUCCAUCCCUGCCGGCAUAUGUGUAUGUGUAGUGGAUGUGCAAAGGUUUUGAGGUUCCAGACGGAUAGAUGCCCAAUUUGCAGGCAACCAAUUGAGAGGCUUUUGGAGAUAAAGGUUGGGUCUGAGGAGUGAGGAAGAUACAUUGAAGAUACACUGUUAAUUCCUCAAGCUUCAUGUACAGCCCAGCUGUAAUACUUUUACAUUUCUCCGUGUCUUCUUUUCAUGGUGUCACCUUACUUUUCUGUAUUUUCCAAUAAUCAGAAAAACAAAAGAAAAUGUAAUUUAUAUAUAUAGGACUUGCGAUUCAACAUGAACGACAGGCUGGCAUUGCACAUAAUUUGUAUAAGACAAUGCCUCCAAUUAGCUUGUUUGUUUGUGCUUAUAAAUGGCUUCCAUUCUAUAUGAAUAAUUAAAUACAUUUUCUCUUGGUAUGA